AUGAGUACUUUAGAAGAAUUAGAAGGACAAGAUCAAAUUGAUGAUGAAAUCUUAAGUUUAUCGACCUACGAUAUCGGCAAUCGUACCAAAUUACUCGAUAACGACAUCAAAGUGAUGAAAUCUGAAAGUCAAAGGUUAAGUCACGAGAAGACAGUGAUGUUAGAGAGAAUCAAAGAUAACCAAGAUAAGAUCAAUAAUAACAAGCAAUUGCCUUAUCUCGUAGGAAAUGUGGUGGAAUUAUUGGAUCUUGACGUAGAGAAGGAAGCAGAAGAACAAGGAGCCAAUGUUGAUUUAGAUGCCGUCAGAUCAGGUAAAUCAGCCGUCAUCAAGACAUCUACUCGUCAAACCAUCUUCUUACCAUUAAUAGGAUUAGUUGACUCUUCCGAAUUGAAACCUAAUGACUUGAUCGGAGUCAACAAGGAUAGUUACCUUAUCUUAGAUACCCUUCCAUCGGAGUAUGAUUCUAGAGUUAAAGCUAUGGAAGUUGAUGAAAAACCUACCGAAGAUUAUAGUGAUAUUGGAGGAUUAGAUAAACAAAUUGAAGAAUUGAUCGAAGCAGUGGUUUUACCUAUGAAACAAGCGGAAAAAUUCAAAAAUUUAGGUAUAAAACCACCUAAAGGAGCAUUAAUGUAUGGACCUCCAGGUACGGGGAAGACUUUGUUAGCUAGAGCUUGUGCUGCUCAAUCAGGUGCGACAUUUUUAAAACUUGCUGCUCCUCAAUUAGUUCAAAUGUUUAUUGGGGAUGGUGCUAAGUUAGUGAGAGAUGCCUUUGCCUUAGCUAAAGAGAAAGCUCCUACUAUUAUUUUCAUUGAUGAAUUAGAUGCUAUUGGUACAAAAAGAUUUGAUUCUGAUAAAUCAGGAGAUCGUGAAGUUCAAAGAACGAUGUUGGAAUUAUUGAAUCAAUUAGAUGGGUUCGGAUCUGAUGAUAGAGUUAAAGUAUUGGCAGCUACCAAUAGAGUUGAUACUUUAGAUCCCGCGCUUUUAAGAUCAGGAAGAUUAGAUAGAAAGAUCGAAUUUCCUUUACCUUCAGAAGAAGCCAGAGAAUCAGUUUUAAAGAUUCAUGCUAGGAAAUUAAAUUGUGAUAAUAAUUCUGUUAAUUGGAGAGAAUUAGCCAGAUCGACCGAUGAAUUUAAUGGGGCUCAAUUAAAAGCUGUAACGGUAGAAGCUGGAAUGAUUGCCUUAAGAAAUGGGAAAUCGGUUAUAAGACAUGAAGAUUUUGUUGAAGCUAUUGGAGAAGUUCAAGCCAGAAAGAGUAAGUCUGUGAAUUUCUACGCUUAG